CGACAACCCAGUUUAUCAACUCGCGGCAACCGUCAAGAUGGUGAGUCUUGCUGUAAUUCCAUGUGGCUGAGAGCCGACAUCGUCGCAAAUUCUCUUCGCCUGAAUCCAGGUCGUCCUCGAAGGACGAUCGCACCAUGGGAUUGGAAAUGGGUCUUUGCAAGAUGCUUCGGACGGUCUUUCUGAAGCGCAAAUUGCUGACUCGCCUGUCUGUCUUCGCUUACUACAGCCGCUACCAGACCAAGUACCGUCGUCGUCGCGAGGGUAAGACCGACUACUAUGCCCGUAAGCGCCUGAUCACCCAGGCCAAGAACAAGUACAACGCCCCCAAGUACCGCCUGGUCGUCCGCUUCACCAACCGCGACAUCAUCACCCAGAUCGUCUACUCUGAGAUCUCCGGUGACAAGGUCUUCGCCAGCGCCUACUCCCACGAGCUUAAGCGCUAUGGCAUCACCAACGGUCUGACCAACUGGGCUGCCGCUUACGCCACCGGUCUCCUCCUCGCCCGCCGUACCCUCAAGAAGCUCGGCCUCGAUGAGCAGUUCCCCGGUGUCGAGGAGGCCGAUGGUGAGUACACCCUCACCGAGGCUGCUGAGACCGACGAGGGCUCCCGCCGCCCCUUCAAGGCCUUCCUUGAUGUCGGUCUUGCCCGUACCUCCACUGGUGCCCGUGUCUUCGGUGCCAUGAAGGGUGCCUCCGACGGUGGUAUCUUCGUCCCCCACUCCGAGAGCCGCUUCCCCGGUUUCGACAUCGAGUCCGAGGAGCUCGACGCUGAGACUCUCCGCAACUACAUCUUCGGUGGUCACGUCGCUGAGUACAUGGAGGGUCUCGCCGACGACGACGAGGAGCGCUUCCGUGGUCAGUUCCACAAGUACACCGAGGCUGGUAUCGAGGCUGGUGACAUUGAGGAACUCUACACUGAGGCCCACAAGGCCAUCCGUGAGGACCCCUUCAAGAAGGACGAGGAGGAGGGCGAGAAGAAGACCAAGGAGGAGUGGAAGGCCGAGUCCAAGAAGCACCGCGCCGUCCGCCUCACCCGCGAGCAGCGCAAGGAGCGUGUUGAGCAGAAGAUCCGUGAGCUUGCUGCUUAAAUGGCUGGCUAGGCUAGGUCCGUCGUGCUUGAUGCUUUACUGAGUGCGAUAGUCAAAAGUUUUAUAAUUCUCUUUGAGAUAUAGGGGAAUUAAGGUUCUUCUUGCCCAAUACUUUUGUGAAUUGUGAUAUCCAGUAGUCUUGAUGAAAUCUCAUGACCGGAGUUAUGGCAGGGUUAUUUUACGGUGCAAUAAUGGGAUGCACACAAUGGGAGUUUUUGAUUAUGACCAUGUA